CACUGCUUUAGUAAGAUGGCUACCAUGUUGUCUCGGGCUAUCUCACUCGUUGAAAAUAUUACCCGAUUCAAUGGGUCGAAGAUACUGGGAUGCAAAACCAACUUAGUAAAGCAACCAGUCAGGAACUUAAAUGUUCAUGAACACAUCAGUUAUAGUUUAUUAAAUGAAGCUGGAGUUCCAACUCCUAAAUUUGGUGUUGCUAAAACUCCAGAUGAAGCUGCAAAACUUGCUGCUGACUUGAAGACCAAAGAUAUAGUUUUAAAAGCCCAAGUUUUAGCUGGUGGUAGAGGAAAAGGACAUUUUAAAGGGACUAAUAUCAGUGGUGUAAAGAUGUGUGAAACACCAGAAGAAGCAAAAAAAUUAGCAAGUCAAAUGUUAGGGAAAUUGUUAAUUACUAAACAAACAGGUGAAGCAGGGAGAAUAUGCAAUGCAGUAAUGGUAACACAGCGAAUGUUUCCUCGUAAAGAAUACUACCUUGCUGUCAUGAUGGAAAGAGCCUUUGGUGGUCCAGUUAUAAUAGCUUCAAGUCAAGGUGGUGUAAAUAUUGAGGAAGUUGCUGCAACAAAUCCUAGUGCUAUCAUGUAUGAACCUAUUGAUAUUUACAAGGGUAUUACAAAAGAUCAAGCAGAACGUAUUGCUGUUAAACUUGGACUUCAAAAUGUUAAAGAUUAUAUUUCUGAUAUCAUUAUGAAUUUGUAUAAAAUGUUUCUUAAAAAAGAUGCUCUUUUAUUAGAAGUAAAUCCUUUAGCAGAAGAUGUUAAUGGACAAUAUUUUGCUUUGGACUGCAAGUGCAGAUUUGAUGAUAAUGCUGAAUUUAGACAAAAGGAAUUAUUUUCUUUGAGAGAUUGGACUCAAGAAGAUACUAAAGAAGUUGAAGCUGCUAAAUAUGACUUAAAUUAUAUUGCACUUGAUGGCAACAUUGGCUGUAUGGUAAAUGGAGCUGGUUUAGCUAUGGCUACUAUGGACAUUAUAAAAUUACAUGGAGGAGAACCAGCUAAUUUCUUGGAUGUAGGUGGUGGUGCAUCCACGUCUGCCGUGAAAGAAGCAUUUAAAAUAAUUACAUCUGAUCCUCGAGUUCACGCUCUCUUAGUUAAUAUAUUUGGUGGAAUUAUGAGAUGUGAUGUUAUUGCAGAAGGAAUCAUUGCUGCAACUAAAGAACUUAGUUUAAAGAUUCCUGUUGUUGUGCGAUUACAAGGUACAAAUGUAGACGAAGCAAAGGCUCUUAUCGCAAAUGCAGGAUUAAAAAUUGUACCAAUUGAUGAUCUUGAUGAAGCUGCCCGAGUUGCGGUUAAAUUAUCAACGAUUGUUAAAUUAGCACAAUCUGAAAAUCUUAGCGUUAAUUUCGAAAUACCUUCAAUUUCAUAAGUUUAGUGUAAAUUGCAAUUUGCAUAUUAUCAAAAGAAUUAUCAGGAUAUAUUCACAUUGCUAAACGUUUGGAUCAACAUUUGAAAGUAAUAACUAGAUUAAUAAUUUCGAAUGUCAUUUCUGUGCUGUCUUUAGAGUAACAUUUGAAUAAUUCUUAUAUUUAUAUUAUAAGUGGAAUGGAAAGAAAGUUCAUUGAAAUUUUGUUUUGCUUGAUAUUUUUAACAUUUAUAUUUUCUCCCUAAAAUGAGAAAAAAUAUGAACACAUGUUUCAUCACGAUUUUAUAUAUUUUAAAUGUUGCAAACAGUACUAGACAAUCUAUUCAAAAUUAAUAUCACUUCCUUUUCAAUGCAAGCACAAAUUCGUUCCCAAGAAGGACACAGACUUCUUUAAGAAUGUAAUUUAUUGCUUACCCAAUUAACGGGUUUCUGUGAUUCAGUAUUAAAAUUAAGUUACAUAAUGUACACUUACGACAUAGCCAUAUUUUUUGCACGAAAGUGUAUUUUACGUUCUUUUAAAGUUUAUAAAUGUACUAACAAAGUACACGAUUAUUGUCCAAAAACGAAACAUUUUGUAUAACCAUCCACAAAAAAAAUUGUUAUAAUUGAGAUAUUACGCGAGAUAUAAUUACUAUAUCUCACAUAAAAAAAGAAAA